UAAACACAACAAAGCUGAACAGAGUAAGACAAAAUAAAACCAAAUAGAGACAGACAAUAAACAACAGUGAAAUGAGAUUAAAACGACCGGGAGAAGAGAGAACACUUUCAGCCUGCUGUUGUAAUAAAUUCUACAUGUUAGAAUAGAAUAGCAAAGCCUCGGAGUCGACUCUCGAUUGUUCCGAAACCCGGAAUCGGAGAAUCGACUCAUUUCGGGAUCGACUCCCAGCACUGGCGCGCGUGCGUGCGCGCUCUCGCGCUCAUAUCGCCUUGACGGAAGGAGCGAAAGUUUCCACAUAAACACUCCUGCUGCUUUUUUUUUCGGCGACGUUUCCGAUUCGACAUGUUUGUUGUUAAGCCGCUUGGACGACGCGAACGACUGCAACGAGCCCGUAAAUGCGACUAGAAAGCUCGUGUGUGUGUGAGUGCGUGGGAAGCUGCAGCGUUAAACGGCGGAUUUUGACGACGCCGAUGCGGACUUGCCCCGGUGUUUAUUAGCUCAGCUAGCCUGCGACUUAACUUCUUUUCGUGGACGUCAGUAGUGGAUUUUCAGGACCGGGAGGAGGAAGGGCACGGCGACACUUUGCGAAUUUAAAAACAAACCAAAAAAACGACGUUUUAAAUUAUAUACAUAUAUAUUUUUAAUAACCAGUGUGGGAAACAUGAGCGGCAAACGGGAGCUCGAUAGUAUCAGUAAUACCGGAGAUGUGACUCGACAUGAGCGGCGCCUCGAGCUCCAGGCGCGCUGCGACGCAAUCUGAGGGAUUAGCCACAGUGCUAACGGUUUCGUACACCGCGUACACAGGCCUGGAUAAACAAACAGCGCUUCAUUUUCACCAAUUCUCUCUCGCACACACUCUCACACACUCAUGCCCUUUACAGUCCACAAUUUACGUAAAAAAUCGGCGUUAAUUUUCCUCACUUAGCCUAGCAUUACGCAGUCCAGCCGUCACAUUACCGAGCCGCAGACUCUAAUGGGACCUGAGAAGUUUUUUUGAGACGCGUUUUUUUCCCCCUCUUGUUCACGGUUUGGACAUAAAGACGGUUUUAUUCUAUUCAGGCGCUGACACGGACACAACUUGGACAAAAACAUGUCGGAAAACGCACCUACACGGAGUCUGGAUGAGAUCGACCUGGCGGCUCUGAGGGAUCCAGCAGGAAUCUUUGAGCUCGUGGAGGUCGUGGGCAACGGUACCUACGGGCAGGUGUACAAGGGGCGCCAUGUGAAGACGGGACAGCUGGCCGCUAUAAAGGUGAUGGACGUCACCGAGGAGGAAGAGGAGGAGAUCAAGGCCGAGAUCAACAUGCUGAAGAAGUACAGUCACCACCGCAACAUCGCCACGUACUACGGCGCCUUCGUCAAGAAGAGUCCACCCGGCCACGACGACCAGCUCUGGCUGGUGAUGGAGUUCUGUGGUGCUGGCUCGGUCACGGACCUGGUGAAGAACACUAAAGGGAACUCGCUGAAGGAGGACUGGAUCGCGUAUAUCUGCCGAGAGAUUCUGCGAGGCCUGUCGCACCUUCACGCACAUAAGGUCAUCCACAGAGACAUCAAAGGCCAGAAUGUUCUUCUGACUGAGAACGCAGAGGUCAAGCUCGUUGAUUUUGGUGUGAGCGCUCAGUUGGACCGGACUGUAGGCAGGAGGAACACCUUCAUCGGCACUCCCUACUGGAUGGCACCCGAGGUCAUCGCCUGUGACGAGAACCCUGACUCCACCUACGACUACAGGAGCGACAUCUGGUCUCUGGGAAUCACAGCGAUCGAGAUGGCGGAGGGGGCGCCUCCAUUGUGUGAUAUGCAUCCCAUGAGAGCGCUGUUCCUCAUCCCGCGGAACCCUCCUCCGAAACUGAAGUCCAAGAAAUGGUCCAAAAAGUUCAUCGACUUUAUCGAGGGCUGCCUGGUGAAGACGUACCCGAGCCGCCCGUCCACCGAGCAGCUGCUGAAGCACUCGUUCAUCCGAGACCAGCCGACCGAGCGCCAGGUCCGCAUCCAGCUCAAAGACCACAUCGACCGCACGCGCAAGAAACGUGGCGAAAAAGAGGAGACGGAGUACGAGUACAGCGGCAGUGAUGAAGAAGACGAGAACAGAGGUGAUGAGAGAGAGUCCAGCUCCAUCCUGAACGUGCCGGGCGAGUCGACUCUGAGGCGGGACUUCCUGCGGCUGCAGCAGGAGAAUAAGGAGCGCUCGGAGGCGCUGAAGAGGCAGCAGGCCCAACUGGCAGCGCAGUGCCGUGACCCCGAGGAGCACAAGCGCCAACUCCUCCAUGACCGCCAGAAACGUAUCGAGGAGCAGAAGGAGCAGCGGCGAAGGCUCGAGGAGCAACAGAGGAAGGAGCGCGAGAUGGUGAGGCAGCAGGAGAAGGCUCCUCACCGGAGACUUGACGAUAUGAGGCGGGAGGAGGACCGCAGGAUGGCAGAGAGAGAGCAGGAGUUUAUAAGGCAUAAGCUGGAGGAAGAGCAGAGACAGUUAGAAAUCCUUCAGCAGCAGCUUCUCCAGGAGCAGGCCUUGCUCAUGGAGUAUAAGAGGAAGCAGCUGGAGGAGCAGAGGCAGUCGGAGAGGCUACAGCGGCAGCUGCAGCAGGAGCAUGCUUACCUCGUCUCCCUGCAACAGCAGCAGCAGCAGCAGCAGCAACAGGAGAAGAAACCGCUUUAUCAUUACAGCAAGAACCUGGAUAACAAUAAGCCUGCCUGGGCCAGAGAGGUGGAGGAGCGGAGUAAACUAAACCGACAGGGCUCCCCUAAAAUCUGCACCACUGUCUCCGAUACCAACAUCCAGUCCCGCUCCGACUCAGUCAGCCAAUCGGGAGGCGUGCAGGCCGCGCAGACCCCGCCCAUGCAGAGACCUGUCGAACCCCAAGGUGGCCAGGGCAAGUUCCAGAUGGCACACUUGGUGCCUCUGAAGCCGUACGCCGCGCCCGUGCCGCGCUCCCAGUCCCUCUGCGAUCAGCCCACUAAGACCAUGUCGGCCUUCCCCACCCAGGACCCCUCCCCCACCCCGACGCCCCGCCCACUGCACUCCCGCGAGCUCGUUCGUCAGAACUCGGACCCCACGUCUGAGAGCCCUGCCCCUCAGCAGCGCCCGACGAGGGACGACCAUGGCCCAUGGAUCCGCCUCCCCGAGAUCGAACAGCCUCCGAAGAUUCCUCAGAGAACCGCUUCGAUAGCUACCGCUCUGAACACUAACCUGUCCUCUGGCAUCAGACACCCAGUACGAGCCAGCAAUCCAGAUCUGAGUCGCAAUGACCGCUGGGAACGAGGAGACAGCACGAGCCUCAUGUCCAACCUGCCUCAAACCGGCUCCCUCGAGAGACACCGCAUCCUCAGUUCGUCUAAAAUGGACUCGUCUCCCGUCCUCUCUCGCGAUGGACGACACAAACCUGGAGAAUCCCGCACCUCUUCCAGACCUAGCAGACCAGCGAGCUAUAAGAGAGCAAUAGGAGAGGACCACGGGCUGUACUCAAAGGAGCGUGCCGAGGAGCAGCCCCGUCCUCCGGUGAAGGCCAACGACUACUCGUCGUCCUCAGAGAGCAGCGAGAGCAGCGAGGAGAGCGAGAACGGAGAGGGACAUGAAGAGGAGAGUCCCACUGACCGCCCGCGAGACCCGGACUCGGACUCCGUGAACACCAUGGUGGUCCACGAGGAAGAGGAAGGCGAGGGAGGAGACGAAGAGCGGGCUGGAGGUUACGGUGAUCAGACCAUGCUCGUUCAGAGGACUCCAGAGAAGCGUAAUCAUAACGGAUACACCAACUUGCCUGAUGUGGUUCAGCCGUCCCACUCCCCCACUGACUCCGCCUCCCACUCCUCUCCCGGCAAAGACUCCACCUAUGACUAUCAGUCCAGAGGUUUGGUCAAGGCUUCUGGGAAAUCCUCCUUCACUACCUUCGUGGAUCUCGGAAUGUACCAGCCGUCGGGGGGGACAGGGGAGCCCGUGUCAGUGGGAGGUCUGAGUUCUCGGUUUGACCAGCUGAAGUUGGAGGUGCGAAAAGGCUCCAUGGUCAACGUGAACCCCACAAACACUCGCCCCGUCAGUGACACGCCCGAAAUCCGCAAAUACAAGAAGAGGUUUAACUCCGAGAUUCUCUGUGCUGCGCUCUGGGGUGUAAACCUGCUGGUCGGAACUGAGAACGGACUGAAGCUGUUGGACCGCAGUGGGCAGGGCAAAGUGUACCCGCUCAUCAAUUCCCGCAGGUUCCAGCAGAUGGACGUGCUCGAGGGACUUAACCUGCUCAUCACCAUAUCAGGGAAAAAGAAUAAGGUACGGGUGUAUUACCUGGCCUGGCUGAGGAAUAAGAUCCUCCAUAACGACCCAGAGGUGGAGAAGAAGCAGGGCUGGACCACUGUAGGGGAAAUGGAGGGCUGUGUGCACUACAAAGUGGUGAAGUACGAGCGAAUUAAGUUCUUGGUAAUCGCUCUGAAGAAUGCGGUGGAGGUGUAUGCCUGGGCCCCCAAACCCUACCACAAAUUCAUGGCCUUCAAGUCUUUUACUGACCUGCCUCACAGACCUCAGCUGGUUGACCUGACUGUGGAAGAAGGCCAGAGGUUAAAGGUUAUCUACGGCUCCAGCGCCGGCUUCCACGCCAUCGACGUCGAUUCCGGAAACAACUACGACAUCUACGUUCCUGUCCACAUCCAGUCUCAGGUGACUCCACACGCCAUCGUCUUCCUGCCCAGCUCUGAUGGAAUGGAGAUGCUGCUGUGUUACGAGGAUGAGGGAGUGUACGUCAACACCUACGGCCGCAUCAUUAAAGACGUGGUGCUGCAGUGGGGAGAGAUGCCCACCUCUGUCGCUCAUAUCUGUUCCAAUCAGAUCAUGGGCUGGGGCGAGAAGGCUAUAGAGAUCCGCUCGGUGGAGACGGGUCACCUGGACGGGGUGUUCAUGCACAAGAGAGCUCAGAGACUCAAGUUUCUGUGCGAGAGGAACGACAAGGUGUUCUUUGCGUCGGUGAGGUCUGGAGGAAGCAGUCAGGUCUACUUCAUGACCCUGAACAGAAACUGCAUAAUGAAUUGGUGAUAAUGAUAGAGCAGCCAUAUGAUCACUGUUCCCUCCACUCUUUCUCUCUGUCUCUCUCUCGCACUCUAUAUAUAUAUAUAUAUAUAUAUAUAUAUAUAUAUAUAUAUAUAUAUAUAUAUAUAUGUAUAUAUGUAUAUAUGUGUAUAUAUAUAUGUGUAUGUAUAUGUGUGUGUGUGUGUGUGUGUGUGUUUUUCUCUCUCUCUCUCUCUCUCUCUCUCUCUCUCUCUCUCUUUCUUUCUCACACAUACACACACUGUAAAUAGAUACAGUGCCCACACGCUUUUGUUCACACACACGCACAGCACUUCCUCACAUACACACAACUCCCAGAAACACGUGUGUGUGUGUGCACACACUCAUGCUCCGAACAGUCAUUAGCAGAAAUGGUUGUCCUCUUUUUUGGGGGUGAUGAUGUAAAUGUAUAUGUGUGUGUUAUGAUGCGCGCGGAUGCCAAAUCGCUUCGCUUCCUUUUCAGCACCAGAACGAAAUCGUUCUCUUUACCGACUUUUAUUAGAUCGCCGGAUUUCAGAGUCCGCUUUUUUUGUUUGUUUGUUUUUUGUUUUGUUUUUUGCGACGAGCGUUGUUUCAUUUCAUUUCUACAUUCCAACUUUACCACCACUGAAGAGAAGAGAGGAAGAAGCAGCAGCAGUGUGUGAAGCUGAUCCAGCCGCCGCCGCCAGUGUUGGUGGUGCUGGUGGUGGUUGUCUCCGCCCCCUGCUGCUCUCGGGGUGGUACUGCAGCAUCUGUAAUUUUCCAUUCUCACACUGUACUUGUAAUUCAGUAGCCUAGUCGUUUAACCUAAAGGAUUUCUUUAAAAAAAAAAAAUCUCUGUGAUUUUUAUUAUUUAUGUUUGAACUAGCAGAACAUUUAGAGUAACGUUUGAGGAGCUCUCACAAUAACGGUUAUCGUAUUUCGAGCUCGUCUGCCUUUUUUUCUUUUUCUUUUCAUUUUUCCCUUCGGCUCUGUAGACCGGAAAUUGGACAGGAUUCUUCAGUCGUUUAUAGUCGACACUUUUAAGAAUCCGGAUCAUGCUUUUUCCGCUCGUACGGCACAGAAGUGCGACCGAUAUUACAAGCGCUCUCUCUGUCUCUGAUUUAGCCUUGGAGAUGCUUUUUUUUUUUUUUUUUUUUUUCUUUCUUUAUUUCACGCGCUCUCUUUCUCUCUCUUCAUAUUUUUUUUUUGUCUGAAGUUCCAGUAUAUUUCGGGCUGUUUGAUAUUCUCUGUAUGUAUAGGUAUUUGGUAUUAUUCCUACUUUAAUAAUCUCUUGCUGUUCUAUUGCAAUACGUGCUGUAAUUGUGCUGUUCUCGUUCAAAGUUGUCACGAAGGGAGUUCCUCUUUAACCAGUCGGAUUAUGAGGUCAGGGAGAAGUAGUUUUUGAGUAUUUUUAAUUUUUUUUUUUUUUUGGGAAGCAGAAAUGCAUGCUUCAUUUCUGGGCGAAAUUAAAUCGAUCGAGCAAUUAGCUUACGGUAUCAUGCAGUCGUCAACGGUGGCAACAUUAAACUGGAGCUGGACCCAUUGGUACGGUGAUACCUGAAAACUCCUGAAUCCUUUUCUGUGUUUUCGGCUACAGCAGCCAUUAGAACGAAUGUACAUUUUAAAGAAAAAGACAAAAGGCAAUUCACUGAAGGGGAAAGGACGUGGGAUGGGAAAGACUUCCCAUCAGGACUUCGACCUAUGAAUUCGAGAGCCGAUAAAAUACAAGACGGCAGGGCCGUGUUCUUCAUUUGGUAAAAGGCUCCAUGGAGUCGGAGUCGUCUCGUCCACCAACAUACCCUAAUGUUGUUUGGGUUUUUUUUUUUUUGCAAAAAAAAAAUCGUGCUCAUUUAGGCGGCUAAAUGUCUGUUCACAUGCAACAAGAUUUUAUCACGUGCAGGAAGCACGCUGGGACGAGUGAAUGGCUUUCGCUCGAGACAGAACGUGCUUUGUUAAUCAUGUUUUUCCAGCACUCACUUGAUUUAAAAAAAAAAAAAACCCAGGCUUUCGUUUUUCAUGUUUUGUUUAGGGCGGCUGCUUCCUUUUCAGCACGAACAGACUUAUUGUUUGAUGGCGCUCACAAAUAUUAGAUGCAUUUCUGCUGCCAAAAAUGGCUCCCUGGUGUGACAUACAGCCUUAUUUGAAAAUAUAUACAUGUAUAAAAACUCUUCGAUUUGGAGUGCAUGGGAUAUGAGCAGUGAAUCAUCAUUUUCUUUGGUGGAAAAAAAAAAAAUUUGGACUCCUUUUUUAUUAUUAUUAUUAUUUCACUUUUAUUAGUUAGCGAGACGUGUUUUUUUUUAAAGUUUUUAAACCGUGACUUUGGCUUGGAUUUGCGUGCGUGUACGAGUGUGAGACUGUACUAUAACCUAUACACAGUGUGGUCCAAAGCAAUAGCAGUGUGACUGGCGAGCUCGAGCGGGCUCUUCUCUUCAAGCCGCGAGCGUGCGGUGUGUUGCCUGCAGCUCUGCAAUACUAGCAAAUCACCACAACAAUCACAACUCCUCCUCCUCCUCCUCCUCCUCCUCCUUCUUCUUCUUCUUCUUCUUCUUCUUUUCCCCCUUUCCCUUUGCGCUAGCAUAGCCUACUGUGGAUCCGAAACCUUUUUGUUUACAAAUCUUUAGGGUAUAUAUAUACGAUUCCGUUCUAUUUGUAUAGCGCUUUUAACAGUAGACAUUGUCAUAAUGUACAGAAAUCCGGAUGUAGAUUUAGAUCCCCGAUGAGCAAACUAGAGGCGAGAGUGGCGAGGAAGAAACUUUGAGAGACCCGUUCUCUUCUGGGUGACAAACGAUAGUGAGAUUAUUAUUAUUAUUAUUAUUAUUAUUAUUACUAUUAAGAGUCCUGGGAUGAGCAUGGGACAGUCUUUAUGAUUACAGCAGCAGUAGAUCUACAGUAUCCGUAAGCGAGGGUUCUGUAUAGCUUUUGUUUGUCACAGAAAGUGUAUAAUUAAUCAUUAAUACCAGAAAGAUGCCUAUAUAAAACGUUUGAUAGUUUAAUAUGAGAGAAUCACGAUUGUAACAUGCAUAUUAAAGCACUUUUAUCUCGUCUUUACUAACGGCUGAGCGACGAAGACACAAUUAGUUAUAUAUAUAUAUAUAUAUAUAUAUAUAUAUAUAUAUAUAUAUAUAUAUAUAUAUAUAUGAAAUAACUGACAACAGUGUUAAAUGAGCGAGUAGCUUUCGACACAUCCUGUUGUGUCUUUAGGAAACGUUUCAUGGUGAAGUGAAUCGUGCAGGAUGUAGCUGAUCGGUCAGGUAGGUUUAGCGUCUGAACAAAACUCCACGUAGCUGAACACUGGAACGUUGUGAGAGCAGCCAUCUUGGACGAAUUCGGAUUAAACAUGCGGUUAAGCUGAAGAAAAAAUAGGAUUUUACAACGUCGUCCGUAUGGAAAUGAAACCGUGUCGGUUUAUUGAUGAUUAUUGAUUUGCAGCAAAUGGGUAUUUCCGGAAAGUGCAGGAUAGUCAUUAUUCAGACGCUCCGGGGUUUCGUGACCGCAGAGACGAACGCACGAUCAAACAAACUCCGCAGUAUCGGAGGUGUUGAACAGAGUGGUUCGAAAUUACCGCAGAUUUGGGCCGAGACGCGUCGUCACGGCGCGCGUUCGGUCAAAGCGCUGUUCGAUUCACGUGCGUCGAAUACGAGUACGGCGAAAAGGUCCCGUUUACCAACAGACGUCACCACGAAAGGCCGUACAGAACAAUUUGAUACGAUUUUUUUUUUAAAAGCACAAAAAACCUGCAGUGAGAUCAAUCACUAAAAAUAAAACCCCCAAAACGGCAAAAUCCUGUUCGGACGGAUCAGUUGUUGGCGAUGUUAGCUUGUCUAAAGCAGCAAACAUUGGAAACCGAGCAUGACGGCUGAUCGAUUACAUUUUGUAGGACUUUGAUUUUUUUUUUCUACCCCCCCCCCAACUUGUAGACAAAUAUCCUACUCUUUAAAUGUUCUGUUACUCGUGCGCUCGUUACCCCGUGAACCCUUUUUUUGUUUCAUCCUCGUACACACUCGUCCAGUUUCCACGUAGCUUAUUAACGUUACCCCAUUUGAACUGCCAUGUUUACCGUUAUAGCAGUGCCUUGGAGCCGGGGUGUGCGUGUGUCUUAGCAAAGGAUGCUGUAAUGUAAUAUAUAUUUUUAAUUUGAUUUCAUUCUUUUGAUUAAUAUUGCCCCCACACACACACGCGCAAACACACACACACACUCCAAUUGCAUAAAUAGUUCAGGGAAGAAGUAGAAAAAAGAAAUAGUGAAGCCAGUGCAAUCAGAGAUGCAUCUCAUGUCAAGAAAGUGCACUUAAACUGACGAUAAGUUCAGGCCCAAAAGCCAUUGCGUUCGGAAAGUUCCUUUCCCCAGAAUUAAAGCAUCACACACCAGGUUGAGAGCGGGUUGUUGGCGGGGAAUCCUUCGGCUGGUAAAGUCUGAUUACCCACAAUAAUUUGAGAUUCGAAGAGAAAAUUACAUUUGAUACAAACUGUUUAAAUUUUUUUUUUUAAUUAUUAUUUUUUUUAGACUUUUCAGUAUCAUGGCAUAGUGAUCAGUGUGAGAAGAUACAGGGAGCAGCUCAGAGUAAAUAAGCUCUGCUGUACAUUGUCCGUUGGGUCGUCAUUUUUUUUU